AUGGUGUCCUGUGGAGAAUGGGUCGAAAUGUCCCAAAAGAACAAACCACAAUCCAACACACUAGCAGCAGCCAUCAUGACCCUCAUAACCACCGGAAUGAUAAUGGGUUCCACGAUCCUCAACAUGGAUCUCCACAGCCAGACGUGGACGCGCGGAAAUUCGAACAGUGCCGUCCUAUUUACAACGCUUGUUUUCUUCCUCGCGGCUGUAGUCGGUUCCAUCGCUGGAUACUUCCUUGUCGAGCGCCAUGAAAAGAAACCUAUUUCGAAAGUUUACCUGGUGCUGGCGCUCGUUGCCAGCGUCCUUCUGGUUGCUAUUCCCGAUCACAUCGUCGCUGUAGCGUUUGCACGCGUUCUGCUCGGCCUGUCGCACGGCAUGGCUUACCUGGUGGUGCUGAUUCAUGGUGCCGAAGUGGCCAUCAAGGAACUGCGCGGUAUGAACAUGACGGCGGUUAACUAUUGUCUCAUGGUCGGCGUGAUAACGCACGGAGCGUUGAGUCCAACCGCCACCUACGGCUAUGACCUUCAACCGAAUCGGAUCGUCGGCAUUCUGGGUUUGACCUACAUUGUAUUGGGAGGUGGAUUGGCUCAGUUUUUGACGUACGAAUCGCCGGUCUAUUUGAUCCAGCGUGGGCGCGAUGCGGAAGCGAUACAAUCGAUGAUGAAACUUCGCCACGAAUCGACGGAAACUUGGGAAAUUCGAAACGACUAUAUUGAACUGAAGACGAUGGUUCAGGAGGAUGAGGAAACGUCUCGGUCGAUUUUUGAAGACGGGAACCUUCGGCCGUUGGUUCUGAUGGCACUUUGCAAGUUGGCUAGUGUUUUGUCGUUCAAUAUGGCGCUUAAUCUCGUUCGGUUGUACAUUCUGGAUGAGCUGUUCGGUAUGGAGACGUACAGUAUAUCGGCCAUCAUGAUUUUGAUGAUUCGGUUGAUUAUGGGAGUGUUGUUUUUGUUUACAAUCGACCGAUUCGGACGACGGGCACCGAUGAUAAUGUCAUCAGUGGGAAGUGGGGUGAUCUUGACCGUGAUGGGAAUCAUAUAUCUGGUAGCAGAUUACAUUAACGAAGACGUCGGCAUUGCAAUCAUGCUAACAUACGAAGUGGUCGCUUCCAGCGGUCUGACCUUUGUCCCGGAUGUUUACACGUCGGAAGCAUUUAACACGAAGAAAAAAGCAGCGUCAAUCGCGGUUGUGCAUACAGUGGAAAAUAUCUUGCAACUAAUCAUCGUUGCGGUUACGUUUUCCUGGAACUUCAAAUCAGAAGAGUACCAAGGUGGUGUGAUGUUGUUCUGCGGAAUUCCGCUGGUGAUCCUUACUGGAGUGUUUUACCGUUGGCUACCGGAAACGACCAAGAUGACCAUCCGACAGACACGAACGGAGUUCUCCAAGCGUGGAGAGAUCGUUUUUAGCGGAACGAAGCAACCACACGCCAAUUUGAAUGAUUAA